AUGAUGAAACACGGUGUUACAGCUGAGAUGGAGGACAACUCUGAGCACCUGGAGCGCACUGCCAGAGGCCAAACUCAUGAGGGCUUCUCUGACAGAGUCUACCUUCUGGCAUCAAUCGUCUUCCAGAACAGUUACCUGGAGAAGCCAGCUGCUCAAAGACUGGUGAAUUAUGGGAAGGAAAGGGGUCUCUCUCUGCCUGAGGUCACUGAUGAUGAGAUGCAGCGAGCAGCCUACAAAUUGGCUUUUAAUUCUCUCAAAUAUCAAGAGCUACUGGAAAACAUCAUCCUUGACAGCAGUUUUUACCUCACACAACAACUGCCAGAUGAUCAGAUGAGCCUUGUUGUUGUCAUGCUCUACGAUUUUCAAGACCGAAAGUUUGUCCCGCGUGAAUGUGAGAAUACUGAUAAAGAUAUAAAAGAAGUGAGAGAUGUAGAGCUCCACCUCCUCAGAUUUAAGACCAAGUUAGCCGCCUCCCUGGCCCGCUGGAGGAUCAAACAUGAGCUGUUGUCCAUUGAGUGUAUGCUGCCGGAGAGUGUGAGGAUAAAACAGGAUAGAGCGAGCAGCCUCAUGCUUUAUGCCUGGGUCAACUCUCUGAAGAGCAGUGUUGAUGAGGUGCAGAGUGUGCUGGAAAGAGCCGGCUUCUCCAGGGUGAGAUCAGUGGGGCAGCUGCAGGGGAAGACCUUCUGCCAAGACACACACUGUGAGGAUCUACUGGUGUUCCCAACUCUAGUGAGGGCUCACCUGGAGCCCACCAGCCUGCUUAGCAACCACAAGCUCAUCGUUCAGGACAAAGCCUGCUGUCUUGGCCCAAACGCAGUGUGCCCUUUGUUACAAGAGCCUGAGACUGGAGAUGUUCUUAUGGCUGGAUGUUUCUCUGGCCUGACAGUCGUACACACAGCUUCACUAAUUGCAAUGAAACUGAAAUCCACCAGUAAUGACAAAUCCACUGUCUUUGUGUGUGUGGGAGACCGGACGGAGUCUCAGAGGGAGAAGCUACAACAGGUCGUCAAUGCAAUGGGCUGCAAAAAUGUGAAACUGAUACCAGUGAGCUUUCAGUCUGUGGACAGAAGCGACAACCAGUUUCAGAAAGUGCAGGUCAUCCUAUUAGCCCCCAAAUCUUCACUGUCGUCAAUCAGCAACCCGGUUGAAUUUAUACUGCAAGAGGAUGGAGAUACGGAGCUGCUGCAGGACCUAGCUCGAGGAUCCAUCGCCAAGAGCAAACUGGAGUCUCUGGUUGUGCAGCAGAAGAAGGAUAUUGAUCACGCCAUGCAGUUCCCCAAGAUACUGUCAGUGAUCUACACCACCUACUCAUCCUAUCCUGAGGAGAACGAGGAGGUGGUCCGAGACGUGUUUGAACAAGCUUGCGCCUGUUGGGAGAACGACUCAAGUCAAACCAGCCACUUCCCGUUCUGCUGUCCCUUGGACUCAAAAGACCUUCUCUUCACACUCAAAUCCACAGAACACAGCAAUGGCUGCUUUAUGGCUAUAUUUCAAAGAGAGGUGGAGAACAUGGCCCACUCGGAAUCUGUGUCCCCAGUCUCCCCCGGGAUGUGGGAGAAGCUCUCUCGGAGGCGUGAGUUGAAGGCCCCCCUGACGGAUAACUCUGCCAAAUGUUCCCAACAGACUUGUGAUAUGCUCGAGUCUGCCAGUGUCCCAUGUCUGUAUUGGAGGGCUUCCCAGCAUGUCAAACAUACAGUAGACAAGGCAGAGGCGGCAAAGGCGAAAAAACUACAACAUAAAACCCCCCCAAAACAAAACAAGAAUCAAGUUCGACUCAAAAGAAGAAAGGCCGUGGCAAGAAGCAGUGGCAAGGGAACAUCUUUAAAGAAGAGUUCAAUGCCUUCUCCCAAAGCCAAAGACUCUGGCAAGGUGCUGCUGGCCAAAAUAGAUUCACAGAAAUCUACUGGACAUCAAGAGACUAUUCACGAGCAUCGCCUUUCAACAGAGACAGUGCCAAAGGUCCGUCCUCGUCCUGGUUGGGUUGAGUACAAGCAGGCAGUGAUUUCUCUGCCACAGGUGGACUCCCCUCUUCUUCUCCCCCCUCGUGCACGGCCCCUAAUCUGGAUCCCCCAGCAUCAAAUCACUGCAUCAAAACUCUAA